AUGGCUGCAAAUCCCAGGCAACCAAACGGGGAUCCUCCAAUUUGUGGGUCAAAGUCAACCUCCCCAGAGGUCUGUUUAACUUGGCCCACAAGGCUAUUUUUCCAGCGUCACACUCACCUGGUCCAUGGGAGAUGAUGAAUUGGGCAGGAGUUUGGGAUCCAUCUUUAGUUAGCUGCGUAGACAAUAACCCAUUGGGCUGUCAUACUUACCAACAACUGCAGCUUAGUCGAACUCAGCCCAGUGUUCCGGGGUGUAGAAGGGUAUCAGGGGUAAGGUCGGAGCUGGGAGGGGGGCAAAAAAGGGUCUCGGGGGGGGGAAGGGGACAUACGGAAGGAUCUUUUCCGGGAGUGAUUAGGGGGGGGAGGGUUUCAGGGGGCAGGGGGGCAUAUACUAUCCCACCUGGCUGGGUGCUGAGCAUGAAAGGCAAGAGUCACAACACAAGGGUCUUUCUCACAGGACCUGAACUGCCCAUUUGUCUACAUCGUUCAUGCACAGCUUCCAGUUACAAUUAAUGAGGAAAGGGCAAAGGAACUGGAUGUGUUAAAGAAGAUAAGAAGGGUCCUUCCAGAUCAUUCCAAAGGCUCAUCUUAG